GCUAAGUUUCGAGGUCCGUCGACAAUGGACAUGCGCCGGUCUCCGUCGCGUGUCGGGAUGCAAAGUGUGAGUCGGGAUGCAAUGUGGAGUCACAGUCCCUGUCGCUGAGGCCGAUGUAUAAAAUGAUCUCCAUGGAGCCCCAGAGUCCCCAGGUUUUGAGGCAGCCCAUCUUUCCCCGCCAACAGGUCUCACCCCUUGCUCGCAAGAUGGCCACUAUUCCCCAAGAAAAGAUCCAGGAGUCUGAGAUCGUUGCAGACAAGAAUAGCCCUCAUCAUUCCUUUGUCGAGGACUCUGAGAAGCAACCAGCUGAAGGGAUUGAUGAUGAUCCCGUCUUCAGCAGACCCGAACAACGAAAGAUCAUUCACCGCAUUGAUCGACGGUUGAUUGCGACAACGGGUGCCAUGUACUGUGUUUCAUUGAUGGAUCGUACAAACUUACCCAAUGCUGCUAUCGCUGGCAUGAACGUGGAAUUGGAACUUAACGAGGGAUUUCGUUAUUCCACAAUUGCUCUAGUAUUCUUCAUCACUUACACCCUGUGCCAACCUCCUGCAACGCUGUUGUGUCGCAAAAUUGGCCCUCGCCCAUUUCUUUCGGCAAUCUGCUUCGCCUGGGGUGUUGUCAUGAUCGGCUUUGGAUUCCCCAACAAUUGGGUUGCAAUGAUUCCCCUGCGUCUCCUUCUCGGUAUCUUCGAAGCAGGAUUCUUUCCUGGUUGCGUUUACCUAAUCUCUACGUACUACGCUCGAUAUGAUAUGCAGAAGCGGUACGCCGUUUUCUAUCUGAUUGGAUCUUUGGCUUCGGCAUGCUCUGGCAUUCUAGCCUAUGGUAUCCAGCAGAUGCAUGGAUUAGCUGGCUAUUGGGGUUGGCGAUGGAUCUUCAUCAUUGAAGGUAUCUUGACUUGCGUCAUUGCAGUCAUUGGCUACAUCUUCUUGGUUGGAUUCCCCGAUCAGCUCAAGCAGAAGAAAGCUUGGCCUGCAUUCCUCAGCCAUGAUGAGAUUGAUUUUGUCAUUCGUCGCAUCAACAAGGAUCGAAGUGACGCUGGAGCCGAAGAGUGGAAUUUCCGUGCUUGGGCUGCUUGUGGCGCCGACAUCAAAGUUUGGGGAUUCGCUCUGAUCUUCUGCUUCUUGACUACAAUGGCUUAUGCCAUCGCAUAUUUUCUUCCCAUCAUUCUGCGCCAGAAUAUGGGCUUCUCUAUUGCAGCAGCACAGUGCCUCACAGCUCCACCUUAUGCUUUCGCCGGUAUUGUCAUGGUUUUCAUUGCUUGGCUUGGAGACAAAUAUCACAUCCGUGGUCCUCUUUUGAUUGCCAACGCUGUUGUCGGAUUGAUUGGGCUUCCUGUUUUGGGAUUCGCAUCUCAACCAGGAGUGCGCUAUUUCGGCGUCUUCCUCGUCUGCACCAGUGCCAACGCUAGUAUCCCAACUUGCAUGGCUUAUCAGGCAAACAACAUCCGUGGCCAUUGGAAACGCGCCUUCUGCUCAGCCACACUUGUUGGAUUCGGUGGAAUCGGCGGUGUGGCAGGAUCGUUGAUCUUCCGUUCACAGGAUGCACCACAUUACCGCCCUGGUAUCUAUGCUGGUAUGGCUGCCAACGGCCUUUUGAUCCUUGUCGUGUGCAUCAACACCAUCUACUUCCGCCGGGAGAACCGCAAGGCCGACCAAGAAGGAAAGAUUCUUGAGGGAAGCCCAGACUUUAGAUAUACUAUUUAA